AUGCAGACGACUCCUGAGCCCCAUCUCGCGAAUGGUUCGAAUUUGAUAACCACUUUCCAUCUGGCACAGAAGGCACCUCUCAUACUUAAGCGUCAGUCUUCCAGUGUGGAAACGGUCGCAUCCUCAUCGUCGGGGGACGACAAAUCUGCGCUACUUUGUACUGAGCAACUAGCAGCUCGAUUUGGCAUGACUGAUGAAAGAAUAAUAGGAUUAAGGGGCAUGUAUGAAGAAGCGGUCGCCGAGAAUCCUACCAGACUUGAAGAAUGCUUGCAAACAUAUGACCUCGCGCUUUCCGAAAACCCCGUAAACCUGCCCGUACUAAAGCGUCGGAUCGCGCUCCUACGCUCGCUGUCCAGGCCUGUGGAUGCCAUUUCUAGUCUCAUAAACCUCCUAGACGCAGUCCCAACAGAUGCGGAGGCUUGGUGCGAACUCGCAGAUCUCUACCACUCUCAGGGGAUGAGCUCACAAGCAGCUUUCUGUCUUGAGGAGGCCUUAUUAAUUGUGCCAAAUUCUUGGAAUAUUCAUGCGUUCCUCGGCGAAAUCUUGUAUUCGGGUGCCUGUGCUUCUGAAACAACGGAUUGUUCCCAGCUUUUGGAGGUGUCGAUACAUCAUUUCUCUCGCAGCAUAGAACUCUGCACUGAUUAUUUGCGGGGAUUUUACGGAUUGGUUUCAGCGACGUCCCUACUGGGAAGGAGAAGACGUCUAAUGGAUCACUCUCGUGACUCUUCACCGGCUCAAGCAAGCCAUCUCACUGACAAGCUCCUGGACGAGCUGACCCUUUUCGCAAGAAGCAGACUCGAUGAGAUUGUGAGAUCCCGUUCUUCAGACCAUCAGGCUUGGAAGGAUAACCAAGGCGAGCUUAUUGCGGCGAAGGAGCUCCUUCACCGGCUCGACAAAUCUCCCCUAUAG